AUGUUAAGUAUGCGUUGGAACCAGUCUCUUGCCGCUCCCCUGAACACCAUCUCGCCUAACACUGACGACGCUAACAACCCACGAAAAAGGCAGCGGACCGCUUGCGAUAGAUGCAAAAGUAGAAAACAAAAGUGUGAUAAUGCAUAUCCGCAAUGCUCUAACUGCGCCAAGGCAGGCAAGGCUUGCAACAAACCACCAGAAAUGGAGAGUCUGAGCGGUUCAUACACUCGUGCCCUCGAGGAUCAGGUUGCUUACCUUGAACAACGCCUCAUGGUUAUGGAGAAUCAGCAAACGCGUGCUGUGCCGACACCGACCACGGACAAUUUGCCGUCUCCUGUCAAUGCCGAACAUCCAUUGACUCCAGGUAUUGACACCGACGAAGUCAACGAUACUCGACGAGUUGGAACUUCUUUGCGACAAGAGCCCAAUGUUGCGGACGUCGUAGGCUUGUUAUCUCUCGGCAACGGCACUGAAUAUGUUGGCUCAUCAUCGGGCUAUGCACUGGCGACCGAUCUUGGACGUUUGGUGCGAGCGACAGUAUGGAACAAAGCUUUAUGGGUGCCCACACCUCCCAGUCCUGAAUCCGAGAGGCGCAAUUCAAACUCUGAUACCAGGAAGAUUACUCUGCAAGAGCUACAACAACCUGCCAAGCCAGUUUCUGAUGCCUUGGGCACGCGCUUAAUUACCACAUAUCUUGUCCGCAUUCACCCAAGAUUUCCAUUCUUAUUUCCGCCAGACCUUUGGGAGAUCCACCGUCGUCAAAGUCCUUGUCAAGCACCCCACGGAGUGUCCGAAUUUUUGAACAGCUUUGCUUGUCCAGCAUAUAACGAAGAUGGAUUUGCUCUCUUCGUGCUAAACUUGGUAUACUCUAUAGGUGCACUGAAUUUGCGCCUUACAGAUCAGAGUUACAGAGAUGUGGCACCAGAGCAGUUCUACAUCUCUGCGAUGCAACACGUCGCGAGCGUAAGAGAAGCAUCGCCACUCGACAAUUUGCAAGCGUUGGUGCUUCUGAUCCUGUACCAUCUACGCUCAGAGUCACGCAACGGCCUUUGGCAUCUGACAGGCUUAGCUAUGCGGACAGUAACAGAUAUUGGUCUACACCGCGAGGCAUCGACCCGGAAAUCGCCUCCAUUACAAACCCAGCUUCAACGUCGCCUAUUCUGGUCUGUGUGUGCUCUCGAGAGCAUCCUUGCUGGUGCUUUAGGGAGGCCGAUAAGUCUGUCUGACUGCGACAUCGAUCAGCCAUUGCCAUUGAGUAUCGACGAUAGCGAUUAUAUGCAACGAGUCAAUACGGAUGUUAUGCCUGGUCCCUUGAUGCCCGGGCAAGAGGCAUAUCCACCUACAAAUCUGACUCAAUUCAUUCUGCUAUCGCAGCUUCGGACCUUUGAAGCUCGCAUACAACGCACGAUUUACAGGGUAGAUCGAACGAUAAGCGCCUUACAACCAAAGAUGCAUUGCCUGAUAUCAGAUCUUGAUGUAUGGCGGGAGAAUAUGCUUCCAGCUCUACAGCCCAGUGAACACGAGCGUCUGAUGCUGCACUUCCACCGCGAUGUUAGGCUUCUUCUGCAACCAUUCCUAUCCACACUAGAGCAGAGCUCAGAGCUCUUCCGCAGAUGUGUGGAUUCUGCUGGACAGGUCUGUCAGAUCCACAAACGACUGCAUCAAACCCCCGAGUACGGACAUAGUUUCGUCGCAGUUCACACUGUGUUCGUCUCGGGAAUCACUCUCCUCUAUGCGCUUUGGAAAGGAGGCAACUGGACUUUCAGCAUCAGCAACGAUAUCCGUGCAGCUAGCUGUGUUCUGGCAAUCAUGGGCGAGCGUGCGCCCUGGAUCAGACGGUUUCGUGAUGAGUUUGAUGCUUUGACAGAAGCGACUAUGACUGCUUUGCAAAAUGCGAGUUGUGAGACUGGUGUUGAGAACAGGAAUGGAACAGCACCUGCACCCGAUUUCACUACUUUUGAUGGCUUGGAAAUGACGGACGCUGCAGCAUUGGAGAUGGUUAGAGAACUAUCGCAGUGGUUUCAAUCGUAG